GAUUCGGGGGCGAAUGUUGUUCGCUUCGCAAAAGCUGCGCACAAAGAGGCGCCCUACAUUCUGCAGGGUGUGGCAUCACUGAGUGCUACAACGCUGCCACGGGCAGAGGUGGCUCUGCACAAGACAAUCGCUGGUUGGGGAAUGACAAUACCUUUGAACAUUUAUUUCUGGAACAGGGGCCUCCAUUGGGCCCCGAUGUUGCAAGUUCAAACCUGGUUCGAGUACUUGUUGGUCCGGCGUCCAUCCGUUCUGCUGGGUGGAUUCACGCGCGAUCAUCCUGCUCGGCCAAUGUUUCUGCGAGCGUUCUGGAAGGCGUUCUGGUACGACGAGCCCACGCAUGAAGUUUUUGGGGCGCAUGGUCAAUGCCUGGAGAGAUGCAUCCCUGUAUACUUCUACUCGGAUGAAGGGCGAGGCCUGCGCAAGGACGAAAACCUGGACGAGCGAACUUAUGUGGAGCUGCGUGGGCGACACAAACAGCGGUUCGUCUUUAGUUUCGUGUGUGCGCAAGUUGGACUGGAUUUGGCACGUGCCUUUACUACUGGCAUAACAGUUGGCGGUGAGCAGUGGUUCCUGGUUCUGAUCGGCGUCAAAGGCGCAGUGGCGAAACACUUUAUAUGCCCAGCGUCCUUGGGUGGAUAUCCGGCCAAGUUGCUUUUUGCCUGUUGGAAGGCGGCUGACACGCUGAUGCUGGCACGCUGGUUGCUGCUUCUGCUACGCGAGGGCCCAGUUCAGCCGGAAGAGAACAAAAGGCAAGGUGUUUCCCUGCUAGCUGCUGGCGGCGAUCGCGAACAUGCUCUACGAGCAAUGCAAGACUGCAGCUGCGCUUUGCUUGAAUUCUUUUCGAUACUCCACAAGCAGAAGCUGUUCCUCAGUCGGGGUAUUGCGUCAGAACUUGUGGCCUGCGUGGAUGUCAUAUGUGGCUCUUACAGCUAUUUGGCCAAUUUCUUCCUGUCUCGAAAGCUGGCCGUGUAUCACAUGGAACCAACACUCCACGUCUUUAAGCAUGUCGGUUUACGGUUGGAGGAAGCCCUCAACAGAGAUGCCCCAGUCAUCUUUUCGCCAGCCUCAUUUUUGUGCGAAAUGGGCGAGGAUUGGAUCGGCCUAGUGUCGCGCAUAACGCGCCGCGUUCAUGCUAGGACGUGCGGAAAGCGCACAAUCCAAAGGUACUUGAUCAAAACCCAUUUGGAAUGGGAGAAGCUGGGCAUCUAA